CGAAAUUUUCCUCACAUUUCUCUCAAGAUCCCCACAAACUUGGAAAAGGGGUGUGCCGGUGAGCAUAACUACUCUCUACAAGAUCCCAGAGCUACUGUGCAAGUGAGAAUAUCAAGCAGUCCGCGACGCUACUUCGCAGCUAGUUGAUGGAAAAGAAGAGACAAAGUGCUUAGUUGAGAACUGCAUUUUCUUCUGCCCUUGUUGCAACACUUCUACUAGCUCCUACCUCGUACUUUCUUCGAUCCCCUGAAAUACCCGUACCGUUGGAUUACAGUACCCAACCAUGCCUCGACACAGUCCCAAGAGAAAGACAAAGACAAAGAUGCGAGCCACCGAUUACUACAACAAUUGGGAGACCUUGGAUCCUUACCAAGCUAGGUCAAGCUCUCAUCACAAUCCCACUCAGACUCACAAGACUGGAAGAAACCUCGCUCUUUUGGAACAAUGCGAGGAUACCGAUGAAACCUUCUCGGACGAACCCACGUCAGCUUCUUCCAAUGCAGUUCAGUUUCAUCACAAUCAACUUCCCGACUUGCUAACACUUUCCCCGCCACCAGCAAACCGGCGCGUGAUUGGGCACGACCAAGGAUGUCAGCAUUGGAGGGGGCAAGAUGAAUCCGAUCAGCCAACACCUCUCUUUCCCACGUGUAGAUCCUUGCGAAAGCAGUCCUCUGGUCAAAAGCAGUACGAACAACUUUCCGACGAGCAGAGCUGCGAUGAUAGGUAUCAGCCUCACUUGAUGGAGGACGGCUUUUCGGCCAACCAGGAAGUCGUUGCAUCCGCUGGAAUGGUGGACUCCAGUACAGAUACCAUGGUCUAUUGGAAUCAGCAGCAAGGGCGAGCCUCGGCGGAGAAGGAUCGAUUGUAUCACAUGGACACGCACGGGCACCGCCAACAGGCGCAGCAGUAUCGCAAGUCAGGCAUCGACCAAAAGGGUGCAUUCUACAAUCAUGACAUGGGACUCUACGAAUUCAGGAGUGGCGGGGCAGAGACAUACACGGCAGAAGGCGGUGUGGUGGAUGAAUUCAAGGACGAGGAACUUGAUGACAGAGACCGAGGAUUGCGGCGUCGGGUUUGCAUUGGAUUGACAUGUAUCAUUCUAAUCGGCCUCGCCAUUGCGGGUGUUUUGGUGGGAGUUGUUUUCCGUGAUCAAAUCUUCAAAGGAAGCGGGUCAUCCAAUGCACUAGGAACUAACAAUUUGAAUUCGAUAGCAGCGGCACAGAGUCCUACACGAUCUCCAACUCGCUCUCCCGUGUUCACGACGACGAACGAAUUCCUGCCCAAAACGUUGGUUCCAGACUCAUCAACCUCAGAUGCAGACUCUUUGACACAAAGUACUGGGAGCCCUACUUCGGCAACCUCGCCAAAACCAGGCACAUCGUCGUCAUUGUCGACAACACAGCCUUCAGUCGGAGAGUUGUCAACAGGACAAGCCACAUCUCCGCUUUUCCGCACGUCAUCACCGUCAAUAAUUGCUGACGCAACAGCAUCGCCUUCUUCGUUAGGGGGGCUACCGACGAAGAGUCCGACUGCACAAGAGAGAACCAUGCCGCCUACCACUCACCCGUCUACGGCUACCGGUAGCCCGACGAUUGAAGCUGUCACGGCAAGUCCAUCCCGACGUCUAACCGCUACGCCAACAGCAAACCUGGUGCCAAAUGAGACCGAGACUCCAGCCACAAGAGAACCAACUCAAAGCCCUACUGAUGCUUCGUCCACUGCCAACCCAACCCUCUGGCCUACGCAUCCCCCCAGCUCACCAGAUCCAACUGCUCCUCCUUCACCCCAGCCAACAAUUGCCACUCGAGUCACUUCCUCGCCAUCGGAGAACCCCGCUGCACCGCGAGAAGAGCUCAUGAACCUUCACAAAAUUGAGAUUUUGACGUAUAUCCGCUCCGCCUCUACUAUUGAUAUGAGUGCUGGUAUCAAGGUGUUGAGCCCUCGAAUCAUCAGCAACGGCAAUACUUACAUACCGUUCCCGUGUUUUGCAACCUCUUGCGAUCCCUAUAUUGAAACGAACAUCUACGAACCCAUCACAUUGCCUUCAAGUAAUGAAUGGUUUCUCAAAGAUCCCGACAGUGGAAACACAGAUUUUGGGAACAAAGGACUUCCCUCUGGAGAGUUGGAACUUCGAAUCACUUUUCGAGAUGGAGAUGAUUACGUUUGGUACCUGGAUCCGUCUAGAUGGGCCAGAACCCGCGUUGGUUUUGAAACAUUUUACUCUCGAGAUGUCCAAGGAAAUGGUGACUGGAUGAAGUGGAAGUUUGACGUCCUUCCAGCUGGCGUGACUGGAUGGCCAUAAUAUUCUUGAUGUGCAACGGCCGCCGAAAGCUGCCUACACAGUCUCGUACAAAACGAAUAUCAAAAAACUAACUAUUGAGUUGAUACAAAUCAGGAGUCAAAAGAUAGACUAUAGAGAAUCCCAACACAUAAGAGCAAUAUAACAGCAGAUUGCUAUGAACAUUUAACUCUGGG